AUGGAAUUUUCGCUUGAAUCUUUACCAUCAGAGGCUCCAAUGAAACUGUUGCUAUCCUUCGCUGAUUCUUGUGGUUCAUUCUGUAUUUUUCUAACAAUUGGAUCCUCAGGAAAACCCCCUCUGAUCACCAAGCCUUGGCCAAAGAUUUUGAUCAACACUUUUGAUCCCAUCACUGGAACUGAAAAUGCGUUGUUUCAAAAUUCUAUCAAAGAAAAUGGUUUCUGGGCUGGUUUUGUUGCUGCUAGUUUCAGCUGCAUUAGGUUGGUAUCAGAGCCUCACCUGAGAAGAAACAUGGCGGAUCGCGGCAAGGAACCCAUCACCGAUGGAGCGCGAGGAGUGGACGCGCUCUGGGCAAACCAGGAGAAUCUCAACCGGCGAUUAGAUGAUCUAUCGGCGGAUAUUCAGAGGCUUACAAUGGAGGUGCGUCGCGAGUUCAAUCUCCUACAGACGAGACAACCACAGCCUCAACCAAAACACGGUGAACAUCAGGAUCUCAGAAACAUGAGACGGAGGGGUCAGGCGGCAAAUCGACCUCCCCCACGUCGCCACAUUCCAGCGGAGAUACAGGAUUUUUCGGAAUCUGAUGAGGAAAUGCCGUUCAACAGAGAAUUGGAAUUCAUAGAUUCCGCUGAAGAGGAUGCAGGGAAUCACCAACAUUAUGAACACCACCAGAGGCGGAGACCGCCCCCUCCUCAAUUUCAACCUGGUGAGUUUAAAGCUAAACUAGAUAUCCCUUAUUUUGAUGGCAGAAUGCAUAUAGAGGAUUAUUUAGAUUGGGAGAAGGCCGUGGAAAACUUCUUUGAAUAUAUGGAAGUCUCGGCGGAUCGACAGGUGAGGUAUGUCGCCUGUAGAUUAAAGGGUGGUGCAAGUGCUUGGUGGGAACAAAUCAUUCAGAUGAGGCAAAGGGAAGGUAAAGGAAGAGUGCGCAGCUGGCAGCGCAUGAAACAACUGCUACAGGCUCAAUUUUUACCUACAGACUAUGAACAGAUACUAUACUUGAGGUAUCAGCAUUGCAGUCAAGGGUCCCGAACGGUGAGUGAUUAUACUGAAGAAUUUCAUCGCCUAGCCGCUAGAAAUAAUUUGAAUGAAUCCAAUAAUCAUUUGGUAGCUCGUUUUAUCGGAGGUUUGAAGGACAGUAUCCAGGAUCGGUUGGAAUUAAGUUAUGUAUGGUCUAUGGCCCAGGCUGUCAAUUUUGCGAUGAAAAUUGAGAUGCAGCAGAAUCGGCCAAAUAGGACCCCAUACAAUCGACGGCAUUGGCAGGAACCGUUGGUGUCCGGAAAGGGGAGCACCUCCGUAGCCAAAUCCACACAGAAUGUGGGACCGUCUGCACCGUCGGCUACACCCAGUAACACUCCGACUGAUUCCCGAAAUCAGCCAAAAUUGAAGACUCCCGUUAGAGACAAUCCAUACGCCAAACCGUCGACAUUAAAAUGUUUUCGUUGUUUCCAGCUCGGUCAUAAAUCCAACGAGUGUCCUCAGAGGCAGCAGAUCUAUGUGGCUGAAGGUGAAGAGGAGGGAGAACAAGCCAAUGAUGAAGGCGAACCGAAUUGUGAAACAGAGGAUGUCCCGGCGGAUGAGGGAGAAGCUUUGGUAUGUGUACUGGAGAAACUUCUGUUAGCUCCGCGACAGAACAUUGAUUCCCAACGCCAUUCCAUCUUUAAAACCCGUUGCACGAUAGGGGGCAAAGUCUGCGAUCUCUUGAUCGAUAAUGGGUGUACUGAGAAUGUGAUCUCACGAGCAGUGGUGCAGAGUUUACAUCUGAAAACCAUCAAGAACGCCCAUCCGUAUAAGAUAAGUUGGGUCAAACGGGGGAUGGAAAUUCUUGUGUCCGAAUCCUGUAGGGUGGCGUUCUCCAUCGGAAAACAAUAUGUUGGCGAAGUGCUUUGUGACGUCUUAGACAUGGAUGUCUGCCAUUUGAUCCUCGGCAGGCCAUGGCAGUAUGAUGUGCACGCCACCUACGACUGUCGAGCCAAUGUUUAUUCGUUCGACUGGAAUGGCCGUCGACUGCGACUAUUACCGUCCCAAAUGGAUUCGAAUGUGAAGACUACUCCUUCGCAACGGCAGAGUUCGAUGCAAGUAGUCACGGGGGCGAACUUGCUCCAUUGCUGGAAGGAGCCCGCUCCAAUAUUCGCCUUGCUUGUGACUGAGCCGAGUUUAGAACAUUCAAAAACUCUACUUCCCAGUAGAGUCCAACAGUUACUACAGCAAUAUGGUGAUAUAGUUCCUGAGAACUUGCCCAAUGAGCUGCCACCGCUCCGGAACAUACAGCAUCAGAUAGAUCUGGUACCCGGUGCCGUUCUACCCAAUUUGCCACAUUAUAGACUUAAUCCCAAAGAACAAGUUAUCCUGCAGGAUCUGAUCGAUGAUUUAUUAAGGAGACAAUUCAUACAACCUAGUUUGAGCCCCUGCGCAGUGCCGGCAUUGCUUGUGCCCAAGAAGGAUGGAACAUGGAGGAUGUGCGUCGACAGUCGGGCUAUCAAUAAAAUCACGAUCAAAUACAUAUUUCCCGUUCCGCGGAUUGAAGAGCUGUUGGAUCGGCUGACUGGGGAGGCUAUCUUCUCAAAACUAGACCUCCGUAGCGGAUAUCAUCAAAUCCGUCUGCGCCCCGGUGACGAGUGGAAGACGGCAUUCAAAACGCCGCAAGGAUUGUAUGAAUGGAAGGUAAUGCCAUUUGGCUUAUGCAAUGCUCCUUCAACCUUCAUGAGGAUGAUGAAUGAGGUUUUAAAGCCAUAUAUCGGCAAAAUCUGCAUCGUAUAUUUUGAUGACAUAUUGGUUUAUAGUAACUGUUUAGACAGUCACGUAAUCCAUUUGCAAACUCUCUUUGAAGUGCUAAGACAGCAACAGUUAUGCCUUAAUCUGUCCAAGUGUGAGCUGGCCGUCCCUACUGUACAUUUUCUGGGUUUUGUUAUAUCCGCGGAAGGUGUUCACAUGGAUCCUCAGAAAAUCUGUGCGGUGCGUGAUUGGCCAACGCCUACGUCGUUCUUUGAAGUCAGAAGUUUCCACGGGAUGGCUAACUAUUAUCGGAAAUUCAUCCAAAAUUUUAGUAUUUUGAUGGCUCCAGUGACCGAUUGUCUCAAGGCUAAAAUCUUUCAGUGGGGGGAUCGCCAACAGAGUAGUUUUGAAGCCAUGAAACAAGCCUUAAUCUCAGCACCAGUAUUAGUACUUCCGGAUUUCGAUAAAGUUUUCACAGUUGAGACGGACGCAUCCUCCAUAGGUAUUGGAGCUGUGCUUUCACAAGGCGGUAAACCGGUGGCUUUUUUUAGUGAAAAGCUUAGUGAUGCUCGACGGAAUUGGUCCGCUUAUGAACAAGAGUUAUAUGCCAUUAUCCGUGCACUUAAACAAUGGGAGCUAUACUUGUUACAUCAAGAUUUUGUUCUGUGUAGUGACAACAAAGCUUUACAGUAUCUGAAUAGCCAGCGAUCCAUAAACAGAAUGCAUGCGAGAUGGCUUAUGUUUAUUCAGAGAUUUUCUUUCACCUUCCAACAUAAGCCCGGAACGAAUAAUCGGGUAGCUGAUGCUCUUAGUAGAAAGAAUGUGCUCCUCACAAGACUGCAAGCUGAAACAACUGGUUUAGAUUGUCUCAAAGAAUUAUAUGAUGAGGACCCUGAUUUCAAAGAAGUCUGGAAAGCUUGCCAAGAAUCACAGACACAAGGCGAUUAUUCAAUUCGACACGGGUACUUAUUCAAAAACAAUUUACUCUGCAUUCCUGUGUCGUCGUGGCGCCUCUUCCUCGUCCGAGAAGCUCAUGGAGGCGGUCUUGCCGCGCAUAUGGGGCGUGACAAAACUUUAAAGACUGUUCAAGCUCGUUUUUUCUGGCCUAGACUACGGCGUGACGUGAUUCGGUUGGUAGACAGUUGCCCGAUCUGCCAAUCUUAUAAGGGAGGAGCUCAAAAUACAGGACUGUAUAUGCCGUUACCCGUACCCGACUCGAUAUGGGAAGACAUCAGCUUGGAUUUCAUUUUGGGAUUACCCCGAACUCGGCAAGGGCAUGACUCUAUAUUGGUCGUCGUCGACAGAUUUUCCAAGAUGGCGCACUUCUUGGCUUGUAAGAAAACUUCUAACGCCCUGAAUAUAGCUCAACUUUUCUUUAAUCAAAUUGUGCGUUUACAUGGUGUACCAAGAAGCCUCACGUCGGAUCGAGACGUGAAGUUCGUCAGCCACUUCUGGCGUGAGCUAUGGAAGCGCAUGGGGACGGACAUUAACCUUAGUUCAGCAUACCACCCGCAAACGGAUGGACAAACGGAGGUCGUGAAUCGCACGUUAGGCAACAUGUUACGUUGCCUUGUUCAAGAUCAUCCGAAACAGUGGGAAGAGGUGUUGACCCGAGCAGAAUUCGCCUACAAUUCAAUGCCUAACCGCUCGACUGGUAAAUCCCCUUUUUACAUUGUAUAUACUAAAGCACCUAAUUUGGCAAUCGACAUUGCCAUCUUGCCCAAGUGCAAAUCUUUGGCGGCAGAGUCCUUUUCCGGGAGCUACACGGACAUGCUCACAGAGGUGCGGAAUCACAUUUUGAAAUCUAAUCAGAGGUACAAAGAGUUUGCCGAUCAUCACCGUCGACAACGUAUCUUCAGCAUUGGCGAUUUGGUGAUGGUUCGUAUUCGGAAGGAGAGAUUUCCGCCUGGCACGUAUUCGAAAUUGAUGCGUAGAAAAAUUGGUCCUAUACCUAUCACCGCCAAGAUCAACGACAACGCUUACAUCGUGGAUUUACCUGCAGAUUACAACAUGUCGUCGACCUUUAAUGUUUCAGAUAUCUGGGCUUACUCUCCACCAGAUGAUGCAGUGGGGUCGGAUAGGAAGCUGGAAGCAGCUUUUGAUACUUUUACUACUCUUUUGAAGAUAUUCAAUACAAAACCCCUGAGUAUACAGGGUUUCUGGGCUGGUUUUGUUGCUGCUAGUUUCAGCUGCAUUAGGUUGGUAUCAGAGCCUCACCUGAGAAGAAACAUGGCGGAUCGCGGCAAGGAACCCAUCACCGAUGGAGCGCGAGGAGUGGACGCGCUCUGGGCAAACCAGGAGAAUCUCAACCGGCGAUUAGAUGAUCUAUCGGCGGAUAUUCAGAGGCUUACAGUGGAGAAACAUGAGACGGAGGGGUCAGGCGGCAAAUCGACCUCCCCCACGUCGCCACAUUCCAGCGGAGAUACAGGAUUUUUCGGAAUCUGA